AUGCGUUCUGCCUUUGCUCUGGCGGGCCUGGCUAUCCUGAGCAACAUUAAUGUUGCACUCGCAGGUCCAUGCAAGCCUCAUGGUACGACCAGUCACACCGAAGCAACAUUGACGACAGCUGCCCCGACCACCUCCGAGACAAAGGAACCCCUCGUUGUCAAGAACGUGAUUGGUAACGGAAACUUCGCCGUCAGAGACCCCACUAACCCAAGCAACAUCCCCAAUUACACCGUCGAAGGUCAGGGUCAAAUCGUCGAGAAUAAGGGCUAUACCGGCGACGGCAGCAAAGAGAAGGGUUGCGUCGAGCUGCAAGCUUCCAAUACCCCUACCGGACGCAAGCGAGCGAUUGGAAACAUCGUCAGCAUCUCUCAACAGCUUGACUCCCUCGACAUCAAGAAGAAGUACACUAUUCGCUUCUUUUACGCCGUAAUUACUGCCAGCCAGAUCAACGUCUGUACCCUGAGCGCUUCCAUCGCCGGUCAUGUGUUCUAUACAUCCACGAUCCUUAGUAUCGGAACGGCUAUUGACUGGAAUACUGUUCUUGAGCAGACUGAUGUUCCCAACGCGCAGGGUGCCUUUUCAGUGUCAGUCAAUUGCCCUAUUGGUGGGAUUGCGGCUAUUUAUGUCGACUCGAUCUUUAUGUCUAACCAGGUCACUCCUGAGACGAUCGACGAUGUAGCGAUUGACUUUGGCGAUGGAGGUGUCGCUACUACUACCAGUAGGUUGCCGGCUGGAACUACGACCUCCAAAGCACUGAGCAGUGAGGAGAGCACCAAGUCCUCCACUGGAACAGAUGCCUUCACUUCGGAAACUGGACGCCUGACAACUAGUCUUUCCUUGGGUCCUGCUACCGAGACUUUCCAUCCAUCAACCAAGUCUUUCACUACUGUGUCUUUCAUCGGUAGUGAGACCACUGUCAGUCAGGAGCCUAGUACUGCGAAUGAGUUCACUGUCCCGACUCUGGAUCCAUCUACAGCAUCAGAGAAGCAGUUCACAACCCUCACACUGGACCCAACCACCAGCGCCCCCCGUCCUUCAACCGCAAGUGAGAUCACCAUCGAUACCGCAAGCUCCUUGCCGACUGGCUCGCGCGUCUGCCCCGCAGGAGCCCCUCCACCAGGAUACUGCACCCCUGUGCAGCCAGAGGUAACCCAGAUGGUGUCCCUGCCUGGAAUUCAACAAGUCGAUGAUAAUGACCAACCCACCGCCCCGAGAGCCUGCUGGGCUUUUGGAAAGGCAAAGCGUGGUCCAUGGGGUCAAACAAGGUCAAGCCACCCUAGGCAAAACUCCAUCGCGGAUUGUGCUUUGCUUUGCAAGCAAGUAGGAGAUGCUUGCAAGGCCUUUGCGCUGGGCACCUUGGGCUCGGAGCCUAGCUGCUGGAUGCUUGGUGAUACACUGGGCGUCGCUGGUAUUGAUCUCAAUGCGCAAAAUUCUCUGAUGUGGAAUGAUUAUGAUUGCUUUGAGUGUCAUGAUUGCGACAUCAAGAACCCAGCGGAUAUCGAGACUUCAACCCUUGCACCAUCAACCACCACACUUGCAGCGAUUGAGACUACAUCGUCUUCUCCCUCCAUUCCUACUCUUUGUCCCAACUGCCAUCUGAAGAGCUCGCCAUCUUCUGACCUCGUCUGUGAGAAGAUUGGUAACCUCGGCACUGUUGAUCUCGAGCCUUAUGCCAACAACGACUUCGACAUUGCCACUAUGCAGACAAACUCGGAACAGUGCGCGACUAUUUGCUAUCAGAUAGACGGCUGUGCUGCCUCUGCUCACGAUGCCGCGCGUGGACGAUGCAUCUUUACCAAUGUCGCUAUGACGAGCAGCUCAUUCCAGGUAGCACAGAACUUAGACGCUCAUGAUUACAUUCUACCAUGGAGUUCUCGGGGCUGCUGGUCCUGCUCCACUGACUGCUCAGCUCAGCAUGAUACCACCAGCCAGGCUCCUAGCUCCACUGAACAUACCGUUGAAUCUACGACGAUGAUUCCUACACGUACUGAACCUCUUACCACCUUCAGCUCUUCUUACGUCCCAACAAUUACGGAGUCUUCCAUGCCUCAAUGCACUCUUGCUUUAUCCGAUGGAUGCACCUUUGAUCAGAACGACUAUGACUACCAAGAUUGUAAUAAACAGGGAACUAUGAGGAACACUUUUACACUUGAAGACAAUGAGUACCCCUGGCAAGAGGGUGCUAACAGUUACCAAAACUGUGUAGCCUUGUGCAACCAGAUGCCCCACCGCUGCAAGUCUUCCGCAUGGGAUCAGAACCAACAAGCCUGUGUCUUCUCCUCCAACUCCAUCUUCACCUCCGCCUUCACCCCCGGCAACAGUGGCGACCAAGACAUGCAGUGGAGUGACCAGAGCUGCUUUAAAUGCUUCUGCCACGACCAAGAUCGCGAUGCAUACUCCGCGUCGCUGAGAACUUCCCUCCCUACAGCGACUUGCGCACCAAGCAUUACGAGCGAGGACGCUGUUUGUUCGCUCAAGCAGGCUGACAUGGGUGAUUUAGUCUGCCAACAUCAGGGUUAUUUCCCGUGGCAGUGGGAUGAGGCACCUUCCAAGUUCCCCAACCAGGAUUCGGAGGAGCGUUGUGCAGCUCUUUGUAACUCGAACCCUGACUGUCAAGCAUCGGGCUGGUCUGAGGAGUAUGGCAAAUGCGCAAUUGGAGUUUGGCAGCUUAAGGGUAUUAAUUGGCAGCAGUUUGGUGAGACGAAGUUGAGCUGGAGUGACAAAGGCUGUUGGGACUGCUCUGACUGUAUCAAGAGUCAGAAAUGGCGAAUUUGGAACUAG